AUGGUACCCAUCGCACCCAUUACCAUCCCUGGAAGGUGGGAUCCCCCAUUCUGCGUUCCUCUUCAAGAUUUCUUCCUGGCUAAAUAAGGGAGUUUUUUCUUGCCCUCUUGGGGGCUAGGGUCAGGGGGGGUGCAUAAAUAUUUGGCCUGUUAAGCCCUUUGAGACUGUACCGGUGAUUAAGUGCUAUUCAAAUUAAAUGGAAAGGAAUUGAAUUGAAUACGAUUGGUAAAAAGGUCAGGACUUCCCCAUGGUCUUAACAAGCGGGCGUCUCCCGCAGUGAGUCCGUCUGUUUGGUGGUGGAGUAAACCACUGUAAGCCCAACUGUAAGUGUCCACAGUGAACCCAUAGGGUCAGGCGCUGGGUAGAUGAUAUGUGGCAGGGCAGGGGCUAGGGGAUUCUCUUUCCUCUACGGAGGGCGAUUCGAGGAAAUGCGGCAGCUGCAAGGCAAGUUUAUCCCAACGCAUUCCAUCUUCUCCAGCCAGCUUUUCUGAUGUGGCGCUCUGCCCUAAUGUUGGGUAUAUACCAGAGAUGAUCAGAGGAUAAUGUUGAUUAGUUCAGCUGUAAAACCCCGAAAAAGUCAUUGUCAAAAUUCAAAUUUGACAUUCAGGUGUGUGUGUGUGUGUGUGUGUGUGUGUGUGUGUGUGUGUGUGUGUGUGUGUGUGUGUGUGUGUGUGUGUGUGUGUGUGUGUGUGUGUGUGCAUAGAAAUCACGUGUCUACGAUUUGUGGUUCAGAAGAUAUACAUCUGUCACAUCUCAUCCAAAGUGACCAAUCAAGUUUCCCAUUAAAAUUAUUACAAACACUUUUUGAAAAGCCACUAAUGUAUUAACGAUGUAAUAAGCGAUGCGAAUUUCAUUUCAAGCGGAACUACCUCCGGGGGAGGAUUAAAUGUGACCCUGUUACCAUGGUAACACCACACAAAUGAGACGCUAAGCAAACUUUGGAGGACUGUUAGAAAGCAUAGUCUUAUUAUUCGUUGAAUAAGAGUAGUGUUGACUUGAUUGCUACGAUUCAAUUCACCAACGAUUUUCUUUCGCUGACGCUCUUAUUUUGUAGGCUACUACUUGUUUUUUAACUAGCCUACAUAGCCUAAUUUCCCAGGAAGUAAAAUGGAUUCCGAGUACUUGAAAAUACACCUGGGGAAAUGCCUUGCCGAAGGACUGGCAGAGGUGGCUGAACGACGACCCGUAGAUCCUAUUGAGUAUCUUGCUCACUGGAUUUAUAAAUACAGCAGUGACCAGGAAUACGAGGCCACGAGGAAGGAGAACCAAGCGUUACUAGAGCAGGAGCAGGCCAGAGCCAGAGAGGAGGGGCAGCACCAGAAGAGGUUGAGGCAGGAGGAGGAAGAAAUAAAAGAAGCGCUGGAAAAGGCCCAAAAGGCAUCAGAACCUGCUAGCACUCCUGCGGAACGAAAUGUCAAAAGGCCCAAAAGUUCUAACAACCCGUCGACGCUUGCCACGGUCUUGGAAGGAGAAGACAUCUCACACAAGCAGCCCGCUGAAGACAGCGUCGAGGAGAAACAGAACCCACAGGAGCCUCUGGUCUCUGAUACAGAGAACCAGCAGGGGGCAGCAGAAGCCAUCCUAACUGAAGGGGAUAACCCUGAGCAGGAGGUGAGGGGGGCAGAUGACGUAGCGGUGGGAGACACCGCGUCGGGAGAAUCAGAGGAAGGCACCGCCUCUACUCCGGCAGAGGUCCCUGGCCCCCCAGCUAAGGAGGAGUCACAGGAAGUGACGCAAGAAGCCUCUGAGGUGGACUCAAGGCCCGGGGAACCGCAGGGAGCGGGGGACACCGCGGGGCGCCAGGAUGAGACAGAGGGGGCAAAGGGAUCCGAACAUACAGAAUCAGAGUCCACCGCCGCCUUAGAACCCUCGGCUAGCCGAGAAAAACGGAACUCCGACUUAAAGGAAGAAGAACAACAACAACAAGAACAGCAAGAGACAAAGACACAAAGCCCCUCUCCCCUUGAACCACGGGCUGAAGACCAGAUGGAGGAAGGUCCAGAAGAACCCACAGCCCCAGCCGAGGCUGUGGAAGCGGGCUCGGUCUCCGGUCGGGAGGAUGGUCCACUCCCAGAAGAGAAGGAGGAAGUUCCCUCUGAUAAUCGGGAUGAAGACGAGGAGGAGGCAGACCGACCAGCCGAUGCACCCGAGGAGGGGGCAGCACCCGAGGAUAUGGAGGAAGUGACAUCACAAGAGGAGUCUGAAAGCAAUUCUGAGAGCAAGGAGCAAACGCCUGAGGAGGAAGAAGAAAACGAUGCAGACUAAUUCUACCACAUCACAGUCUCUGUUUAGUAUCCAUAAUAUAUAACAUGGCCAACAUAUACUGAUAGUGUUUUUUUGAAAGGCCUUUGCAUGGGAUGACAUCAAUAAAAAGUUUUAAGUUUUAAUAAAAGUUUACUGAAUCAGUG